AUGCAUCAUGCAUGUGUUCAGUACAGAGUGCAAAGAGCAAGGUACCCAGUACACAAUUCAAAUGAUCAAUACAGUGACUUCUUAUCGAACAUGUACUCUCCAAGAUUUGGUUCAACACUCUCCAGCAAAUUUAUCAUUAUCAUUAAUCGUGCUGAUGUCUUCACAGACAGAAAUUGGUGCUUGUUCAUUGACUUUUAUAUUAUGCCACUAAGCCUAUGGCGAAAAUAUGGUAUUUUAGUUUUGUUUAGGAUCAUCAAGUAUUAUGCCAAACAAUGGCUGUUGGAGAAAGAUAAUCUUUUAUUUGAUCGACUGGUAAUAUGCCAUUUGUAA